AUGAUUAUCGUCAAUCCAACAAAUGUCCUGCUUCUCUCAGUUGCCAGCAUACUAUAUGUUGUCUAUCGCCGAUUCAUGGCUAGACAUGCCCUGCCCCUCCCACCAGGGCCCAAGGGUAUUCCGAUACUUGGAAACGUCAACGAUAUGCCCAAGCCAGGAAUGCUAGAGUGUCAUCAUUGGCUGCAACAUAAGGAUCUAUAUGGCCCGAUAAGUUCGGUAAAGGUGCUGGGCCAGACAUUUGUCAUCAUCAACGACCCUACUAUCGCUUUUGAGCUCCUGCGCGACCGAUCGGCAAUCCACUCUUCACGUCCAAGCCAAAUAUUCAGUGGUCAGAUGGUUGGCUGGCAAUAUGCUACUGCUAUCAUCCCAUACACAGAAGCAUGGAAGAUUCACAGGAAGAAUAUCACAAAGAUAGCAAGCACAAAUGCGUCAAUAGCCAUUUUCGAUCGCGCCCAAGAAGCGGAGUCAGCCCAUUUCUUGUUGAACCUCUUAGACACACCGGACAAGUUGUUUGAUCACAUCAGGCACGAGGCUGGGAGUGUGAUUCUCAAGAUCACGUAUGGCUACAACACUGCACCUCACGGGCAUGAUCCCUUCGUGGACCUUGCUGCGGACACUAUGGCCCAGUUUGCUACCGCAACUGUACCAGGCCGUUGGAUGGUUGACGUCUUGCCAUUUUGUUUUAAGCGUACGGCUAGAGCGAUGGCGGCACAGCUAAAUAAGUGCACGAAUCAACCGUAUGCAUUUGUGAAAAGGCAGAUGGGUGAAAAGAGGCACACGCCUUCUUUCUUAUCACAAUGCAUCGAUGAUAUCGGUGCAGAUCCAGAAAUGGAAUUUGUUCAUAAGUGGGCUGCUUUAGCACUCUAUCUUGGUGGCGCUGACACGACCGUCUCUUCGAUCAUGACCUUCUUCCUGGCCAUGACGGUGUUUCCAGAAGUACAAAAGAAAGCUCAAGAAGAGCUCGAUCGCGUCAUUAGCGGAGAACGUCUACCUGUAAGCAAAGAUCGUGAAAGCCUUCCAUACAUCGAUGCUGUCAUGAAAGAGACCCAUCGCUGGCACCUUGUUGUACCCAUGGGUAUCCCGCAUUCCAGUACCGAAGAGGACACUUGCCGCGGCUACAGAAUUCCGAAAGGCGCUAUACUCCUGCCUAACAACUGGCACUUUACACACGAUCCUGCAGUUUAUUCCGAGCCUAUGAAGUUCAAGCCGGAGCGUUACUUUGAUACCCCAACACACAAGGCUGAGCCUGACCCGCGAAAUCACAUCUUUGGCUACGGUCGACGCAUCUGUCCAGGUCGCUAUGUGGCUGAUAACGCUUUGUUUGUUACCAUUGCUCAGACCCUCGCCGUUUUCAAUAUUAAAAAAUUUGUGGACGGUAACGGGCAUGUUGUGGAGCCGGAAUUAAGGUUCGAGGCUGGCACUGUGAGUCACCCGGUGCCGUACCGAUGCUCCAUCAAGCCCCGCUCUGCAGCGCAUGAGGAGCUUAUCCGAGCGGCGCAGCAAACAUAUCCGUUAGAAGAAAGUCAUGCAAAGGAAUUAGAGGAUAUUGAGUGGUAG